AUGAGUGCCAAGGAACCCCCAGCACCAAGAUCGCGAAGUCCAACCUACUCGUUGGCUUCCAUCGAUUCGCUGGUUGAUGGCACCGCAAACCACAAUAUAAAUGAAGAUGGUCCACUUGGGCUUGAACAAGACAUAGAAGCACAAAAGGAACGUCACUACACGGCCUCGAACGAUGCUUUGGCCAGUCGCAUUCAAUCAGCACUUUCAACAAAGAGCAAAAGAGUGCCAGUAAAACAACGACGAGGUCUCUUGAGCUGGAUUACCGUCAUUCCAGAAUACGAAGAUGCUCGUGAUUAUCCUGACAACUUGAAGGCGGUGCUCGUGUUCAUAAUAGCUUUUGUGGCCACCACAGGUCCUAUGGGCACAUCAAUCUUAAUGCCGGCCAUUGACGAUGUCGUGAAAGACUUGGAAACCUCGGUUGCAAUCGUAAAUGUGUCGGUUGGUGUGUAUUUAUUGGCACUAGGGAUCUUUCCCAUGUGGUGGUCGACGUUCAGUGAAAGAUUUGGCAGACGGAGUAUCUACAUUAUCUCGUUUACCCUUUUUUGCUGCUUCUCUAUUGGCGCUGCCCUAUCUCCAACCGUCCAGGUAUUGAUCGGUUUUAGAGUGUUGUGUGGCAUGGCGUCGUCCUCGGUCCAGGCAGUGGGUGCUGGAACGGUAGGCGACUUGUACUCGCAACAUGAACGAGGCAGAGCCAUGGGGGUGUUUUAUUUGGGCCCAUUAAUGGGACCAUUUCUCGCACCUAUUUUGGGAGGUGCCGUGGCCCAAGCAUGGGGCUGGCGAGCCACCCAGUGGUUAUUGGUGAUCUUCUCUGGUUGCAGUGCCGUAUUUGUCAUCUUUGGCUUGCCUGAAACCCUCCGAACUCAAGACUCUCUUACGGCAGUUCGAGACAUGCUCGCCAAGCGUAACGAAGAAGAAACUUCAACUGACCAAGAAAUCGAAACAGGAAUUCCUGCCAACAUCACAAACACUCCAGGAAACCAUGAUGUCGUCGAUAAGCAGCUUCUGAGAAAUAUUUCACGAAUGUCGGAAGAACUCUCUCGACACCAGUCGCUCAAUGUUGACCAUGACGCAUUCGACGAUGCUGUAACCGACACAGUCAUGCCCACAUUAACAAGACUCACGACUAGCAGGUCAACUUAUUCACGAAGAAUAGCCCAGGAAGUGUACCAGGAUAAACUCGAAAGAAUCAGCAACACACAUAACAACAGCAUUGCCCUGCCAGACCAUGAGAAAAUGACAUGGAAAGACGUUCAAACCGCUACCUAUGAUGUUCUUAUACGUCCUCUUCAUGCUCUUGUGCUUCUCACUUAUCCGCCUGUCUUUCUUGUCAUCACCUAUUCAGCAAUUUCUUUCGCUGUGGUAUACUUCUUCAACAUGACAAUCACCUACGAAUACGGUAGGCCGCCUUACAACUUUUCCACCAUUAUAGUGGGACUCAUGUAUAUUCCCAACUCGGUAACAUACGUUAUGGCUUCUAUAAUUGGAGGAAGAUGGAACGACAAGUUGUUGAGAGACUAUGCAGACAAGCACGAUGGUGAAUUGGUUCCUGAGUCUCGUAUAUCUUGGAAUGUUGUGGUUGCAGUGGUACUCUUUUUCCCAGCUUGUCUUAUCUUUGGCUGGUGUCUCAGAUAUGGUGAACAUUGGGUGACACCUUUAAUAGGUACUGCCAUUUUUGGGUUUGCUUCAAUGUUAAUUAUCGGAACAACAGUUACAUAUUUGGUCGACACUUUACCAGGAAAAGGUGCAACUGGGGUUGCACUAAACAAUUUGUGCAGACAAAUCCUCGCUGCCAUAGCCACAUUUGUAGUGGAACCAGCACUUAGCACUAUUGGACCGGGCAUCUUAUUGAGUAUUCUCUUGGGCAUCAUGACACUUGCAGCAGUAACACUCGUGUACCUCAAAAGAAACGGACAAUAUUUUCGAGAACAUUACGAAUUGGCAAAGUAUUAUGACAAACUAUAG